AUGAAACAGGGCAGCAAGUAUUAUGGCAGUGUCAUGGAUCAGCAUAUGGAGGUCACUUUAGUGGAGAAAGGACAGCAGCAAAAGUGCUCCAAUCCAGAUUUUACUAGCCAACAGUGUUUAAGGAUGCUAAGGAAAUGGGGUCAAGAUUUCAUGGGACCCUUCCCAACUUCCUACUUAAAUAGCUACAUAUUAGUGGCUGUUAAUUAUGUUUCAAGAUGGGUAGAAGCCAUAGCUACCGCAACAAAUGACAACAAGGUUGUGAUAAGCUUCUUGAGAAGGAACAUCUUUAGUAGAUUUAGAGUUCCCAGAGCUCUCAUUAGUGAUGGAGGGUCACACUUCUGCAACAAACAACUGGAAGCACUCAUUCUCAGAUAUGGAGUAAAGCACAAAGUGGCAACUCUAUACCACCCACAGACCAACGGGCAAGUUGAGAUCUCCAACAGAGAGCUGAAAUGA